AUGAUGCUGGGAAAGGUCGUCGGGCCUCUUGCGGCCUUGAUUGCGGCGCUUCCCUUCGUAGACGGCCAGGCCAUUCGCUUCAACAAUCCAGAGGGCGUGGAUAUCUGGUGCGGCAAAGCCUACCGCGCGACUAAUUCGUCCUUCGACCCGGGUGGCUGGUUCCCGGAACCUGCCAUCUCGCAGGUACCGCUCCUGCGCCUCAAAGUCCGGCCCCGGUUGAGCAUUUAUCUCGAGACCGACGACACCGCGAACUUGCUGAUCGACGCUGCAAUCUCGAAUCAAGUCGGGUCACCUCUGCCUCCAGGAUUUGGGCAGAACUCCACCAGUGCUGCACCGAAGACACUGAAGAUUGAGAUUAUCAACGGGGAAGAUGUUCUGGCGACCGAAGACAUAGAAUUGGGGUCGGUGGACAACGAGGUGCCGCUUCCUCUGGAUACCUUGGCACCCCGGAUGGAUGCAUACAGCAUCACCGUGCGCACAACGCUCGACUCGACACACAUCUACGAAGGCUGGACCGAAUUCUCCUUCCUCCCCUAUCCGGAGGAUUACGGUAGUGUAGCACGCAUUGACAACCUCUAUGGUGGUCUCCUUGCGCAAAGAGGAAAGGAUGCCGAAUGGGACUUGAUCUUCGCGUACACCUACUACACCCAAUGGACUCUCUACUGGAAUGAGAGCGUUGAUACCCUGAACGAAUUUGCGGCGAUGGGCUACAACGUUAUCCACAUCGUGCCUACGGGUAGUCUUGGCGAGAUCCCCUUUCCAUGGGACGAGUUUGAGCCCUACCUCCAGCGGGCCGAUGAACUCGGGAUCUACUUCCGCUAUGACGUUCUCUGGACAUGGCCCAACUUGACAAACAUGGUUGAUCAAGUUACUCGGCUGCGCACACAUCCAUCAAUAUUGCUUUGGUAUCAGAGCGACGAGGCGGAUGGAAAGGCGAACCCGCCCAACUCGACGGGGAUCGCGUACGAGCAGAUCAAGUCUUUGGACCCGUACCACCCAGUCUCAUUGGCAUUGAACUGCUGGGACUUUUACUACGCAGACUACGCAGCAGGCGCUGAUAUUGUCAUGUCUGAUGUGUACCCCGUGGCUAUCAAUGCGACAUUCUCGCCGGUAUACGACACAGUUUGUAAUACGACAUAUGGGUGCUGUGGGUGCGACGACUGUGAAGGUAACUUCGAGGACAUUUCUGUCCGGCUGGACGAGUUCUAUCGCCGAGAUGAGAUUCUCGGAUGGCAAAAGACGCAGUGGUUCGCGCCUCAGGCUUUUGGCAACGAGACGUUUUGGGCUCGAUACCCGACAGCUGACGAGGAGGUCGUGAUGACCAUGCUCUCGGUAAACCACGGUGCCAAAGGUAUCGUGAUGUGGAAUUACCCCGCUACUGAUGAGUUGGAGAACCUCACCAGUCGUCUUGCUGGCGUGUUCACAAACACAGCGGCGGUAGACUUCCUAUUGGGCACAGAGAGGACGCAGGACCUUGCCAUUGAAGGGGCCAAGAGAGUUGACGCCACGGUGUGGGUGGACAAUGCGAAGGGACAAGCACUGAUCAGCGUUGUGAACCUCAACUAUGAUGGCAUUCCAGGCGAGGUUAAAGUGGUUCUCCCUGACGGAGUUAAUGUUGGGGAAGUUGGCGAGGUUCUCUGGGGAGAUGUGGCCUGGGGUUUUGUUGAUGGCGGCUUGGUGGCCACGGAGGGGCUGGUGGGGUUGCAAACCUCUGUAAUCAUUGCAAACCUUCUCUAG